CAAACCGGCCCAUUAGCAUUUUUCAAACCGGCCGGUCGACUGCACUCCCACACCAACACAGCAUCGUCAAAAUCAAGGCUGCUUUUCUUCGCCGGAGAUUAUGGAUCCAUAAAAUGGAGCGACCACGCUUGGUGGAGGGUGGAAGGCUAGAAGCUUCACUGCUUCAAAUGGUCGACGAUCACAAUCGUGCUUCCGUUGAACUUCGAGAACACACCGAGAGAGCUAAAAGAGAUGCUAUUCGGAAGGCAGCGCGGGUGUCGGAUCUACUGGUGAACUCGGUUAACGGCGGAGUGCAGGAGAUCUUCGUGAACGAGAAGCGGAUUGAAAUGGAAAUCCGAGCACUGGCGGCGACCAUUGCGCGGUUCUCGAAGCAGACCGAACGGUGGCUCGCAGCUUCUCACGCCAUCAACAAUGCCGUCAAGGUGGAUCAAGAAAUGCCACAAGUUAGAACCACGGAUUAAUUUAAUGGCUUCAAGCCCACUCCAUAUCGACAACUCGAAAGCAUCAAAGAAGAUUCUCAUGGGUUUUUGGGAUCAUGAGUGAGCAUCACUAUCUCUUUAAAAAGUUUCAGGUCCAACAUUUUUAAUUUAUCGUGAUAUUUUAGUUCUUGUACAUUUUUUUAGUUUGAGACCCGGUCUGUAACUUGUGUUUGUAUGUGGCACCAGCUUACGGAACAUUUGAUGUUAUAUUAAAUUUUAGUUCUUUCUGUCGUGGAAUAUUUGAUGUUAUAUUAAAUUUAGGGUGAAAACAUUUUGCUGGUUGUUAGACAUUGUGUGUUAUUGAUCCUGCUCGA